ACGCUGCCCGUGAGCACGCCCAGGAUGAAGACCCUGCUCCUGACCGUGGCACUCAGCCUGACCGCCGUCCUGCAGGCCCAGGACCCCCCAGCCUUCCUCUCAAACAGGCAGAACAUCACUGGGACCUGGUACAUGAAGGCCAUAGUGACCGACAAGAAGCUGCCGGAGAAGACGUGGCCCCACGAGGCGUACCCGCUGACAGUGAGGGACACGGGGACCGAGGACCUGGAAGUCACAAUCACCUUCAUGAAGGAGGGUCAGUGCUAUGAGAAGACAGUCCUGAUGCAGCCAACAGAGCAGCCUGGCCAGUACAUCGCGGAUGAGGGGAGGAAGCGCGUGUCCUUGUGGAGGCUCCCGGAGGGCCACGCUAUCUUCUACUGUGAAGGCUCCAGCAGCGGGAGGCAGUUCCGUGCGAUGAAGCUCAUGGGCAGGGAACCCGGGAUGGCUCCGAAGCCCAUGGAAGAGUCAAAGAAAUUUAUAAAGACCAAGGGAUUCGAAGAGCGGGAGAUCACCGUGCCCACGCAGAAAGAGCGGUGCGAAACACCAAGCGACUAGGCAGCCCUGGGUCUGCACCUCCAGCGUCUGCCCCGCGCCUGCCGGGAGCCCUGGCCCAGCUCGAGCCCGGCCCACAGCCCUGCCCCACCCACCCCACUCCCCUGAUCCCAAUAAAGAGCUU